CAAAAUAAAUUCAAAUAUUACAAAAUAGUCUAAGAAACAUAAAAAAUGCCGUUGCUGCCGGAAAACUCUGCCCCCCCCCCCCCCCCACAAGGACAAAACCCCCCGCCAUAAAAUUGCCCACUUAAUUCCCCAAUGGAAGUAAAAAGGGACGCCGGCCGAAAAGGUAACUGGCGCCGGCGAGGAAGAGACAGCAACUGGCGCCGGCGAGGAAGACGUCGGCAAGGGAAGCCGGGAUUUUAUCCUAACGGACAGGGAAGGUGCGUGGGAAAGAAUUAUUUUUAAUUAAUAAAUUAAAUAAUAUUGUUAUUACUAUAUUAUCCUUCAUUUUGGAUUAAUCUGAACCAUUAAAUUAUAAUCCUCCAAUAAUAUAUAGUAGAGUUUUGUGAACUUUUCUCCAUUUCAAAUUUCCUGAAACGAGAGUGAAAGUAGGAAGGACAUUUUUGUAUUUAUAAUUAAUUAUUUAUCUCAUAUAAAAAAUAUCAAUAUGAGGAUUCGAACCCGGGUCUCUUAAAACAAAAACAACAAUCACAAUCAAUUACACUAAACAAAUUUGUUGUAUCUUUUUUAGUACAAAAUAUACACAAAGUUAAACUCUGGAAAUUGUAUGAAUUUGCCAUCAUGAUUACCAAGCCCACUAAGUCUACCGUAUGUAUUUUUAUGGUGCUUGAUACUUCAGUUUUCAUAGUAGAUUUUCAUGUAAUUUUCUCAAAUUUAAAAUUUUUUCUGGCCUUAAUUUUUUGCUAAAGGUAGAUUGGUAAUUGGCUACCAUAGAAGAAACUAAUUAUGUUACUGUGUGUUGUGUCCUUGAAAUUUUUAAUUUAAAUUUAGUACUUUUUUAUCUUUGUUCUUAUCUCUUUUAGCUUCCUAUGAAAUUUCCUCCAUCGUGCAAUAGUUUGCGCCCUUUUCACUUCCCAAUACAAGGCCGCCUUUGAAAUCAAUCUUUUGAUAUCUCUUGGCACUACGAUUUUAUUAUUGGGGAUUUAAGCAAGGCAAGUAGAAGAUUUCAACUCCGAUAUCAAUCCAUGACGAAUAGAAUAGAGUUCAAUAAAUGGAGUUGUAGAAGAAGGAUUAGAGAUUGAAUUUUUUAUCGAAACAUAUGCCUCUUGAGAUAAAAAUUUGGUUGUACAACAGAGAGUGGUGACUAUUGGACCUUUAGGUUUAUGGUUUUUGCCGCUAGGUCGAUUUUUUAUUCAACCUACUAGAACUAAUAGAUAAGGAGUGUCUAAAUUUGUGUCUUAUUACUUCAAUCGAGUCUAUUAGCAUAUUGGAGGUAAUCCUAAUUUUAUCGUUUGCUCUCAAGUUUUAUUGGCCCCCUCUUAACUAAGUUGUUAGUAGUAUAGUUGACUUGAAUUAACAACUCUCCAUUUCUUUUUUAUUAGUGACAUAUUGUUCCCAAAAGGAGAGCACUGAACUCUUUAUGUAGGAUUGUGAGGUUUAAGGUUGUGUUUCAAACUAUCUAUGGCGUGUGAGAAUUCUAGUGGGCUUUUGUACUCUAUCUUUCUUGACAAUCAACUAACCCAUAGCAUUUUAAUUGGGGCUUAAUUAUCAUUACAAAAAUGAGAUCAAUGAUACAAUUUUAUAUUUUAUAUUCUUAUUUCUCUGAAAGUUCGACCUUUAUAUUCUUUCUUUAUGUAUCAUCUUGAUCGAAGAAUUGUCAAUAAAAUUAAACGGAUUGAUAGACUUAAAUGUAACAUAAAAAAUAUAAAUAAUCAAAUAUGAACAUUCCGGCCAACAGACCGGGUUAUAAGUAAGUAAGGUAGAAGAGUUGAGAUUCACUUAGUUAUAUGACUAAGAACCCCUCUAGUCAUCUGAUCUUACUCCUAAAAAUAACUAUAUUUAGGUCAGUUGUAGAGGUGUUCAAAUGGUUACCAUGGUUAUUACCAAACCAAAUAAGGCUAAAUUUCAUUAACCAUGAAAUACAAUAUCAUAACCAAACCGUCCAAACUAAUACAACAACCAAAUUAACCAAACUAAAGUUUAAUCGGUUUGGUUAAUUGGUUAACCAGAUUAACCAAUAUAAAAUCAUAUUAUCAUUAAGUGAGAAAAAUUUUGGUUAUUUUAUCAAUUAACAAUUUAUAUAAUGAAUAAAAUAUAACAAUGAACACAUAGUUAUAGUUGACCCUUAACAUAAAUACAUGCAACUAAGACAAUUAUCUUACGGUUAGUAUAGAAGUAUUCACCUAACAAAAAUUUAUCAAAAUGGUAUGGGUUAAUGAAUUGUUGUGUUUGUUUGAAUUGACUUAGUCUUUUAGCAAUUUUCAUAGGCUGAAAAUGACCUUGCUUUCAAGUUUCCAUCCAACGUAAUGUAUGUGAUUUAUCUAAAUUAGGUGUUCAUAUAUUGUGGUCUACACUCUACAUAUACAAAUAUACAUUAUAUGAACAAUAUCAAGCUUUAUAUUUUAUGAGUCUAAAAGGAUGAACAUUUAACUCUUGAGUGGUUAUUCAAAGUAUUAGUAUGUGUAUAUAUUUGAUAUAUGGCUAAUUUGGUUUGGCUGGUUAGGAGUGUCUGAAACCAAAUCAAACCACCUAAACCAAACAAGCUAAAAACUUUAACCAAACCAAUUAUCCAAAUUAAUCAAACCAAAUUAUCCAAAUAGUACUGGUUAAAAUGGUUACCAUGAUAACCACACCGUUUGAACACCUAGUCAGUUGGCAUUCAUACAAGUUUAGCGAUUUUGAACUUUUGAUAAUUAGUAGACAUUCAUAAAAGUAUACGUACAAAACUGUAUUUGUUUCGAGCUCCGUUUCAAAACGACAUAGUUUAUAGCUUAAACAAACACCUCAACUUCUCAAUUAUCGUUAUCCGCUUUCGCGCGAAACGGUUGGUCAAGAAGGGGGAAAACAGAGCAUGCGGCGGCCGCAGCUCAUAGAGAGCGCAGAACGGCAGUAAGCUUACAGAGCUUCAUCUCACUUCCCAAGUUCCAUUGAUGGCGGCUGCUCUCCUUCCUUCACCUCUUCUUCACCGAAAUCGCCAAAACCCAUCACCCACAUUGACUUCAUACGGCUUCUCCACCACCCCAACUAGGGGUCUUCUCAUUCGCUGCUCGGCCAAGAAGAAGAUAGGCUUCUUCGAUCAAAUCCUCGACUACAUCGAAGGAGGACCGAAAUUGAGGAAAUGGUAUGGGGCACCUGAACUCCUGCCAAAAGAUGGAUCGUCUGCGGCAGAAGAAGCCGAUGAUGCUGAAUUUGCAGACGAUGAGGUGAGAGAUGCAGUCCUAGUUGCCGAUGGUGAUUCUGAGCUUGGCCAGAUGGUGAUACUUCAACUGAUUGUCAAACGAGCACGAGUCAAGGCAUUGGUGAAGGAUAAGAGGGCUGCAAUGGAAGCUUUUGGGACUUAUGUUGAGUCCAUUGUGGGUGAUGUGAAUAGCAAGCCAUUUCUAAGGAAAGCUCUUCGUGAUGUUGGUGCCAUUAUAAGCCCCAAUGAGGGGUUCUUUGCCAGUUUUGAGAGCUUCAAAGGUAUAAAGCACAUAGUCCUUUUGUCUCAGUUGUCUGUUUAUAGUAGCAGCAGUGGCAUUCAAUCUCUGAUGACAAGCAAUGCAAGAAAACUGGCAGAGCAAGAUGAAUCAACUGUAAAAAACUCGGGAGUUCCUCACACCAUCAUCAGGGUUGGGGCCUUACAGAACACUUCCGGUGGAGCACAAGGUUUCAGCUUUGACAAGGGUUGUGCAGAGAAGGGAAGUCUGAGCAAAGAGGAUGCUGCAUUCAUUUGUGUGGAAGCUCUUCAAGUUAUCCCACAAGGAGGAGGAUUAGUCUUUGAGGUGGUUAAUGGAGGAGAGAAGGUAUCAGAUUGGAAAGAUUGUCUAACCAGAUUGCUGGAGGGAGGAGGGCAAUAGGGUCAAAGUAGAGAAACCAAAAACAGGCAUUUCUGAAAGGCUGAUCCUCUCCUGCCUGCGAGCAGUAUCUCUCUAUUUGAUUUGAUUUUGUUCAACCCAUAUAUAUAUAUAUAUAUAUAUAUAUGCUAUGAAGGAAGCAACCAAAGCAGGAAAUCAAAUUCCUCAUUCGUGAAGUUAAACUCCAACAACUGUGCUUAAAGCGAAAAAGGACACAUGGUCCUUGUUUCUUACUUCAUCAACUAAAACAAACUGAAGUCAUCACA